AUGGAUUUUGAUGAUGAGCCUGUCUAUAAUUCUCUUUUGGAGCCUGGCUCAGUUGUUCCUAAAGAGAAGAAGAAGUCUCAGUUGCCAGGUGUUCAUUUGAUGGCAAUGGCAUUGCUGGUUGCAUUUGGCGGCAGCUUCUCAUUUGGUUAUCAGCUGGUAAUCACUAAUCCUGCCCAAGACGCUUUUAUUGAUUUCGUAAAUAGAUCCUUAUCGUCUAGUGGAAAGUAUUAUGAAUUGAACGAGUUAGAAAGCAUUUGGGGAGGAAUUAUUUCAUUGUUUUUUUGGGGAAGUACUUGUGGAUCUUUGUUUAUCAGCAUCAUAGUUCACAAACUUGGACGAAAAAAUGGUCUUCAGCUCUCGCAUUUCAUCCAUAUCUUGUCUUGCCUGCUCAGUAUUGCAAGUUAUCAGUAUGUUAACCAUCGCCUCUAUGCGUUUUCAAGAUUUUUGAUUGGUUUUGCAUUCAGUAUUUCACUUGGAGUUGCUCCCAUGUUCAUAGCGGAAUGCAGUCCUAAGCAUUGUCGAGGUAAAAUAUCUAUGACCACUGGAGUCCUCUUACAAAUCGGAUUGGUUGUUGGCGCGGUUACAGCAAUGCCUCAUGUGAUGGGAAACAAGGAAUACUGGUGGAUGAUGUAUGGCGUUGAAGCUGUUUUAACGUGCAUAGUUGCACUUAUAAUGCCUCUAGUAAAAGAAAGUCCAGGAUAUUUGCUCAGUAGACAACAUAUAACAGAAUGUGAGCAAUCUAUCAAGUUCUAUCAUGAAGUGACUAGCGAGUCUGCUCAGGAGAUUAUCGAAGAAAUGAAGAAAGAAAAGGAUAGCUCCUGCGAUUCAUAUGGAUUGUUUGAGAUUUGGAAAUUUUCAUCUGCUCGACGUGGCACGAUAUUAGGAAUCGUGAUAAUGAUAACAAUGGUUAUGACAGGAAUUGCAGCAAUUAAUGCUUUCGCCUUUGAAAUUCUUCUAUCGACCGGCUUGACAGUGCGUCAAGCAUCUUAUGGAAACAUAUUAAUUUGUUUUAUGAGUGUAGUGGGAAUUAUCUGUUCUUCGUUGGUUAUUGAUUACUUUGGACGAAGAAGGCUAUUGUUAGUGACUUACAGCCUGUUGGGGUUAAUCAACAUAAUGAUAUACAUCUUCAUGAUAGGAUAUGAAAGAACGCAGAAUUCCGUUCUCGGCUACUGCCUACUCACUGCGAUAUCUUUGUUCAACUUGACAUUUGCGGCUGGCCCGGGUCCGAUAUCACUAUUUGUUACAUCUGAGUUAGUGUCUCAGAGAGCUAGAGGACCAGCAUGUACUUGGGUUCAAGCUGCUAUGAGUAUUUGCCGGUCUUUCCUUUUAGCUGGAUACUUACCUCUCAAAAAUUCUAUUGGACAGCCUCAAGCCUAUUUCUUUCUUUUUUUCCCACCAAUGAUUAUAACAGUGAUCGUUCUCUACUUCUAUCUUCCUGAGACUAAAGGUAAAACUGUUACUGAAGUGGAAGAUUCUGUGAAACUGUUGCCCACUAUUCGAAGAAAAACAUAG